UUGUUUUUAUACCCAUAUAUAUCUUAUUUUUAGUUUCAAAUAUCUGAAAAUUAAAUUUACUAGUUAUUUUUGGUUAAAAGUUCCUUUCUUUUUUGAUUUCAGGCGAUUCUGCAUACAGACAUUGCGAACCGUUUGAUGCAUAUACAUGUCUCGUAAAUAGUCUAAUCCAUGACAAUAUGUCCAAAUUUCAUCAAGCGUGCCAAGAACCUUGCAUUCAAUACAAAUACAAAACCCAAGCUACUUACAUAGGAUUUGGGCAAAAAGACAAAACCCGAGUGGAAAUAAUUUAUGACUCAAGGAGUUUUACAUACCAUCAAUACGAGCGUACCUCAACUUCUUGCAAUUUCCUAAGUCAACUUGGUGGAUCUCUUGGUUUUUACUUGGGAGCAAGCAUUGUGACUGUAAUAGAAAUAGUAAUUUUUACUCUAUCUUGGAUAUGGUAUAAGGUCUCUCCGUUUAAAAACAGUAAAAUACAACCCUCUUCAAAUAAAAAAUCCAAUGGCCUACAGCAGCAGAAGAACAGCAAACAUUUAUCUUUAAGUAUUGUACAAAGGAGAGUUGAAAACUUUUGUUGAUAUAUCUGAAACAUUUGUUUAUUUGAAUAAAAUAAUAAUAAG